AUGGCGCUGAGCUCCCCCUAUAAAGAAAACGACGACCCUGCGGACGCUUCGUCGCCGACACGACAGAGCGCAUCGACGUCACCGAUCAGGUCAUCGACCUUGUCUUGGCAGCAAAGGCGGCCCAACUCCCGGGGUGGCAGCCGGCCGCUGAGCAUUGUCGCAGCUCAGAAUGCGACGCAGAAAUCGCUCGCUGGGACGCAGGAGCCCGCUUCUGCCACGGAGCAUGCCUUUUCCAGGGAGCAGAUCGCACAUGCCCUCGGUACCAAAGAUACUUCGUUCUUCCGCCAGACCGCCGACAGAGGACUCAGUUCAGCAGCGUACAGACGAAACCAGGUCGAGGAUGACGAUCGGCUGGACAUGGGCUCGCUCAAAGCCCAGCUGCCGGGCAUGUCGGCGGAAACGGCCGAGGAGCGCCCCGCGUCGCAUUCCGAGAUCAGUGCACCUUUGCAGGGGAGCCUUGACUCUCCUAUUUCGCUGCAUCCGCCUCGCCAGCAGGAACCCAUCGCCGAGCGGUAUCUGGCAGACCAGACGAUGACAUCCCCCACCGGCCGUUCAUCCCCCGUCCGCGCCGCCUCGCCUACGAAGGGAAUGGGUGGAUUUGUGCAGAGCGCAAUGAUGAAGCGGAGCGACAGUGUCAAGCGAUGGAGUGUGACUAGCCCUCCCGGUCUUACGCGGGCCGACUCGGUGGCGAGCCACGGCGUCCACGACAGAGGAGCGUCGUCAAAACCAGGCUCGAGACCACAGAGUAUGAUUCGCGCCGGACCCAAAACGCCAACCUCCAGUCGGCCCACUUCUCAGCAUGGCUUCCAGGAGGCCGUUUCGGAAGCAGCAUCCAGGCGGUCAACCAAAGACUUGAGCCUCGACACCGAACGUGCCGUUAAGCAGGACGAUGGAGCUUCCCUUCCCACCAGUCCUACAAAAACGAUGGAUCCACGCCGUUGGAGCCCAACCAAGUCCAGCUGGCUUGAGAGCGCUCUGAACAGGCCAGAGUCGCCCAAGUUGCCGGCCAAGGCAAACCAGUCCCAGCCUGCCUGGAGAUCGGAGCUCCACAAGAAGGCGGAUCGAUCAGGCUCCAGUACCGAGUCGAGUCGACCGUCAUCCGCCAUGCACAAGCAUCAGGUCAGCAUCGAUGGGCUCAUGAGGCAGUCGCCAUUGGGUGAGGUGGCCAAGCCAAACACAACUGGCCUCGGCGGCAUCUACUCACCGCCACCGCAUGCGAAUCGGCCUGCUUUUGGCCACGUGUCGAAGGCUAGCAUGUCCGAAAUCGCACCGAAACAGGAGGUGGAAGAUCCAAAGGAGAACCCCAAGCCUGCUACGGAAACCCCGUCGGCCGACAAGAAAUCACCUGCACGCGGUCCACCGGUACGGAAAGCCAAGUCGGAAACACCUGCCAAGAUUGACUUUCGUGCCAAUCUCAAGCCGCGAGCAAUCCCACGUGAUGAAUCAAAGGCCAGCGAGCCAGAGUUCAAGAACGUGUUUGGAAAUCUGCGCCGGACCAAGACGCAGAAUUAUGUCGCGCCGGACGAGCUUAAAAACAACAUCCUGCGUGGCAAAGCGGCCUUGAAUGUGACGGACGGACCCAAAAAGAGCGAAAGGAAGGAUGAGUUCAAGGAAGCGAUUCUCAAGAAGCGAGAGGACUUCAAGAAGGCGCAGGCAGAGGGCAAAGGCGUCACGAGGGGCUCGACGGCAACCUCCGAGAAGCCGGUGCCCGAGGGUCUGACGAAAAGAGCUGAGCUAGGGAGUGGUGUGGUGGGAAGCAAGAAAGAUGCUGCGACGCGAGACAAACCAAAGGAUGAGGCGAGGAAGCCGAGCUCCACCAAGCCGACCCCCGGAACGAAGCGAAUUUCCAGCCAGUCUGCAUUCACGCCCAGGUCGCCCAACGCAGCAGGGCCGCCCAGCAAAAGCCCCGGCCUGGACAAGCCGAGUCGAGGGCUUCCCGAGACCGGCCCGGCCAAACCCGUCGUAGGUGAUCAAGUUUCUCCAACCCUGCAGAAGGGAUCAAGCGCAUCAUCAAGGCCGCAGCAGGGCCGCGAAGCUGGUGGUGGUAAGCCGUCGGAUCAAUUUAACUCGGCCCUUGCGGGCAUGCUAGCAAGAGGACCACCACCCAUGGCGGCAAAUGGCGGCCGGACAUCCGAUGAGUCGGCCUUGAGGCGGACUUCAGAUGCGAGCGAUGUCGCUGAGGCGGGGACUCCAGGUCCUCAGCUUACACAUAUGACCAAGAGCAGAGCUAGAGGUCCGAGGAGGAAAGCGCCGACGAAAUCAUCAUCUACCUCAAAGCCAGGUAUCCGGGCAGGGUCGAACCCCAGUACUGAAUUGAUAUCUGAUAGUGUUUUGAAGCCGGACGCAGGCAGCGAAAAACGCACACUGUCGACGAUGAGCAGGCCAGCGCCACUGUCUUUGCCGAAGCCGGCCGCACCUGAAGUCACCGAGAAUUUGGGUCAUGUUCAAACACCCACCUCCGCCUUGGCGGCAAAAACUCACGAGAAAACUGCUGAGCCAACUUCGGCUAAAGAGCCGGAGAUUAAGAGAGUCUCGAAGCUCUGUGACGACACUCAAGCUGUCAGGAUGAAACCAGACUCGCCGAAAUCGCCCUUGAGACUGACGCAUCAACGGACUGGAUCCAUGUCCCCUACCAAGCUAUCUGAGCGGCCGCUGCCUUCGCCGUCGCUGUCGCCGACGAAAACCGACCGCGACUCGCUGCCGUCCAUGAAAGAUGCACCACGAUCCCCGCGAUCCCCGCGAUCCCCACGACCCGGGGCAUCGAUGACGUCUCAUCAGCAACGACCGAAGCCGUCACUUGACGAAUCUCAGCCAGAGCCUGCAUCGCCCAGAAAGCAGCCGAGAGCGGUUGUACGGCCGCUCUCAGGGAUUUCAGCCGGUGGGCUGAUGUCCCCAACAAUCUCCUCCCCCUUACGAAGUCCUACGAAGCAAGCUGGCGAGCUGUCGAUGCUUCUCACCAACUUCUUCGGCUCCGACCGGCCCAAGGCCCACACCAAAGUCGAUACUGCCGAAAUUUUGAUGCACCGUCCUUCUGCUACUGCUAAGAUCAUGAGCACAGGCUUUCAGAUGUUUCAAAUCUCUGAAGACGGGAAGAAAAUUCCAGUGUCGGCCCAGAACGAGCGCGUCUUGUUUGAGAAAGAAAUGUACUUGUGCGCACACAACUUCGUCAACGCUUCUGGCAAGAACAUGAUUGAGGUAUAUUUUUGGGUCGGCGACGAGGUGUCGGAUGUGAUGGCCGAGAAUGCGCAACCCUUUGUUGAUCGUGAGGCAAAAGCACUGGGCGGGCGGCUUGUGACGCUGCGCCAAGGAAAGGAGCCGGCCGAGUUCAUCCAGGCAUUGGGUGGGGUCAUCAUUGUGAGAAGGGGAUCCAGCAACAAAUACGACUCUCUUGCGCCGAACAUGCUCUGCGGACGAAGCUACCUCGGACAAGUUGCCUUUGACGAGGUUGACUUUACGCCGUCGAGCCUCUGUGCCGGCUUCGCGUAUCUCAUCACGAAGUCCGGAAACUGCUCAUUGUGGAAGGGAAAGGGGAGCGACGUAGCUGAGGUGAGCUGCGCGCGGCUCGUCGGUAUGGACUUGACUCUUACGGGCGAGCUUGCCGAGCACGAAGACGGUAGCGAGCCGGAGUCGUUUUGGAAGUUGUUUGAUAAUGGAGGCUCGAAGCCGCACUCGGCCGAUCACUGGCGGCUGAAGCCAACCUACGACAAGUACCGCUGCAGACUGUUCUGCUCCGAUGCAAACGCACGACAGCAGGUACGUCUAGGCUUCCACCACGCCCUCCGGCGGUGCCACUCACAGCCAUUGCUAACAUCCGGCUCGCAGAUCUUCGAGAUCAGCCCGUUCGGCCAGGCCGACCUCUCGUCCUCGAGCAUCUUCGUCCUCGACGCCUUCUUUGAGAUGUAUAUCGUCGUCGGCGCUCACGCAAACUCGCAAUACACGUCGUUCCGUAUCGCGCUCGACUUUGCGCAAGAGUACUCGAUUCUCGCCGCCGGCAUGGAGGACCGCCCCUUUGUGCCCGUGUCGACGGUCGUGCUCGAGGGAGUCCCGCGGGACCUCAAACGCGUGUUCCGCAAGUGGGACGACGCAUGCAGUCCGACCAUCAUGAACCCGGCGGCGGCCCAAGGCUUGAAACGGGGGCGCAGCUUGAAGGUCGUCACGCUGAACUUGGCGCUCCAGGUGCUGAGCCAGUGA